CACCCUGUCACCAUUCACUGAAUGUAUAACCGUCUUUUAUUCUACCGCUCCUGCACUUCACUUCCAUUUCUCUCAUUAUGGCUCCUCGAGAUCGAGACGAAGAUACCGCCGGAGAGAACAAGAUGAAGGGUUUACGGACACAAAAAUCACAGAAAAAGAAGGCUUCUAAGGAGAAAUUGCAGCCGGAGAUCAUUGAUGGUGCGGGAGAGUCGACUGAGGAGAAGACUUCAAAGAAAAAGAAAUCGCGGCAAGAAAUCUGUGGCGGUGCUGGAGAGCUGACCAAGAAGAAGGGAUCAAAGAAAAGGAAAUCGCAGCAGGAAAUCGGCAAUGCACCAUCCACAAUUUCCGGCCGCGAUUUCUUUUUCUUUAAAACUAAUUUCUCUUUCUUCGAGGCCUUCUUCUUGGAUGGCUCUCCAAUAACCUCGAGCAUUUCCGGCCGUGACUCUUGUUUUGAGUCCUUCUUGGACGGUUCCACGGUGACAUUGACGAUUCCGAGCAGCGAUUUCUCUGCCAUCUACUCUCCAGCACCAUUGACGAUUUCCUGCCGCGAUUUCUUUUUCUUUGAAGCCUUCUUCUUGGUCAGCUCACCAGCACCGCCGCAGAUUUCUUGCUGCGAUUUCUUUUUCUUUGAAGUCUUCUCCUCAGUCGACUCUCCCGCACCGUCAAUGAUCUCCGGCCGCUUCGCCUUGAUCUUCUUACUCGGCUCUCCAGCACAGUCUACGAUUUCCGGUAGUAAUUUCUCUUUCUUUGAGGCCUUCUUCUUGGACAGCUCUCCAGUAACGUCUACGAAUCCCGCCUGGUUCUUCUUACCCGAUUCUUCAGCACCAUCCACAAUUUCCAGCCGCCAUUUCUUUUUCUUUAAAACUAAUUUCUCUUUCUUCGAGGCCGCCUUCUUGGAUGGCUCUCCAAUAACCUCGAGCAUUUCCGGCCGCUACUCUUGUUUUGAGUCCUUCUUGGACGGUUCCACGGUGGCCUCAAAGAAAGAGAAAUUACUACCUGAAAUUGUAUACGGUGCUGGAGAGCCGAGUAAGAAGACCAAGGCAAAAUUGCUAACCGAAAUCGUGGACAGUGCUAGAGAGAAGAUUAACAAGAAGAAGGCUCCGAAGCAAGUGAAAUCUCAAGAGGUACAGCUGCAGACGGCACGCAAUGGAAUUCCAGAUGAGGGGGCUCAGAAGAAGGAGAAGAAGAAAGAGUAGUGGAAGGCUUAGGAACCCUGGUGCCUGUGCCAUGCAUCACAAGGCAAAAUGCUUAUCAAAAUGUCCCUUUCGCUCAUUUUUGUGUUCGGCAAAUCCUGCGAAUGAGGAAGCGUGCAAAGAUUUGUCCUUCCUGUUUGAGAAAGGCAAAUUCAUGGAACUCAUUGAUAAAGUUGAAAAGCAAAACCAGGAGAAGCUGUUUUGGAACCUAGUGAGAGCAGCUCGGGAUUUUAAGAAAAAUCCAUUAACUGGUCCCUAUCCCAAUCCCUAUCUGUAAUUUGCAUAUUGAAGCAGUGAUCUGGUAUCUUGCAUAAAAAGAUUGCUUAUUU